GGAGGCCUCAGGAAACUUACAAUCAUGGCAGAAGGGGAAGCAAACACAUCCUUAUUCAUAUGGUGGCAACAGGGAGAGGUGCCAAGAAAAAAGGGGAAAAGCCCCGUAUAAAACCAUCAGGUCUCAUGAGAACUCACUCACUGUCACAAGAACAGCAGCACAGGGUAACCCCCGCCCCUCCCGCCAUGAUCCCUCCCAUGAUACGUGGGGAUUCUGGGAGCUACAAUUCAAGAUGAGAUUUGGGUGGGGACACAGCCAAGCCGUAUCAGUGUGUCUGUUGAGGGUGCCAGAGACGUUUGUUAUUCCAUUUGAAAAGAUUUAUUUGAAAACAGCUAAAAUUUGGCUAAAAUGAUUUUAAAUGAUUACCUGCUUUAAAGAGGGAAACAUAUCCAUCCAGAACCCAUGUUUAUGUGAUAUGGUGGGAGUUCAGGCCCUGGUGGCAGCAGGAUCUUCAGGCACCUUUCACCCCCCAGAGCUAUGCCACUCUGAUCCCUAGGGAUCACAUAGACUUGGAAUCAGUCUGGCUGUACCUCUCAAGCUGUGCCACCAUCCCAUAGCUGCCACAACCUUAGUAUCAUCUUCUGAAAAAUUAGGCAUCCCCAUAGGACUGCCCACAAAUGUGCCCUGGGGAUUGGAUGGAAACACGCACAGAAAGCCCCUCCCUCAGUGCCCAGUGGCUGAGAGUGCGCAUGAGAUAGGGGCUGUCCUUAUCAGCCUUCAGCUCAUUGUCAGCGAGUUUGGGGUGAUGAUGGAUUUUGCCACAGACUGCAGCAUCAUGUUUUCCUAACAAGAGUCACUAUCUACACAUAAGAUUUAUGUUUAAAAGAAGGUCCUAGUGUGGUCAUCUGUUCAUUCCUCUCUUGUCAGACACGUGAAGAGCACCCACACUGAGCAGGCCCCACACCAGAUGAUAAGGAAGCAGAGAUUCCCAGUCCAGUCCACGCCUGCUAGAGCCUCACAGCCUGCUGAGGGAGGCAGGCGCUCAGGGAUCAGCACAGAUCAGUGUAGUAAAUUCUUCAGUGACAGCAAGAAUAGCUGACUCGUGUGCUGGAGCAGCUGCUCCCAGAGCUCACCGGGUUGCUCAGCCUUCUGGACCACGAGUACCUCAGCGAUACCACCCUGGAGAAGAAGAUGGCCGUGGCCUCCAUCCUGCAGAGCCUGCAGCCCCUUCCAGCAAAGGAGGUCUCCUACCUGUAUGUGAACACAGCAGACCUCCACUCGGGGCCCAGCUUCGUGGAGUCCCUCUUUGAAGAAUUUGACUGUGACCUGAGUGACCUUCGGGACAUGCCAGAGGAUGAUGGGGAGCCCAGCAAAGCAGCCAGCCCUGAGCCAGCCAAGAGCCCGUGCCUGAGAAACGCAGCCAACCUGCCUCCACCACUCCCCAACAAACCUCCCCCUGAGGAUUACUAUGAAGAGGCCCUUCCUCUGGGACCCGGCAAGUCACCUGAGUACAUCAGCUCCCACAAUGGCUGCAGCCCCUCGCACUCGAUUGUGGAUGGCUACUAUGAGGACGCAGACAGCAGCUACCCUGCAACCAGAGUGAACGGCGAGCUUAAGAGCUCCUAUAAUGACUCUGACGCAAUGAGCAGCUCCUAUGAGUCCUACGAUGAGGAGGAGGAGGAAGGGAAGAGCCCGCAGCCCCGACACCAGUGGCCCUCAGAGGAGGCCUCCAUGCACCUGGUGAGGGAAUGCAGGAUAUGUGCCUUCCUGCUGCGGAAAAAGCGUUUCGGGCAGUGGGCCAAGCAGCUGACGGUCAUCAGGGAGGACCAGCUCCUGUGUUAUAAAAGCUCCAAGGACCGGCAGCCGCAUCUGAGGUUGGCACUGGAUACCUGCAGCGUCAUCUACAUGCCCAAGGACAGCCGGCACAAGAGGCAUGAGCUACGUUUCACCCAGGGGGCUACCGAGGUCUUGGUGCUGUCAUUGCAGAGCCGAGAGCAGGCCGAGGAGUGGCUGAAGGUCAUCCGAGAAGUGAGCAAGCCAGUUGGGGGAGCCGAGGGAGUGGAGGUGCCCAGAUCCCCAGUCCUCCUGUGCAGGUUGGACCCGGACAAGAGGCUGUCCCAAGAGAAGCAGACCUCAGAUUCUGACAGCGUUGGCAUGGGCGACAACUGUUCUACCCUUGGCCGCCGGGAGACCUGUGAUCACGGCAAAGGGAAGAAGAGCAGCCUGGCAGAACUGAAGGGCUCAAUGAGCAGGGCCGCAGGCCGCAAGAUCACCCGUAUCAUCAACUUUUCCAAGAAGAAGCCACUGGCCGAUGACCUGCAGACGUCCUCCACCGAGGAGGAGGUUCCCUGCUGUGGCUACCUGAACGUGCUGGUGAACCAGGGCUGGAAGGAACGCUGGUGCCGCCUGAAGUGCAACACUCUGUAUUUCCACAAGGACCACACGGACCUGCAAACCCACGUAAACGCCAUCGUCCUGCAAGGCUGUGAGGUGGCCCCGGGCUUUGGGCCCCGACACCCGUUUGCCUUCAGGAUCCUGCGCAACCGGCAGGAGGUGGCCAUCUUGGAGGCAAGCUGUUCAGAGGACAUGGGUCGCUGGCUCGGGCUGCUGCUGGUGGAGAUGGGCUCCAGAGUCACUCCAGAGGCGCUGCACUAUGACUACGUGGAUGUGGAAACCUUAACCAGCAUCGUCAGUGCUGGGCGCAACUCCUUCCUAUAUGCAAGAUCCUGCCAGAAUCAGUGGCCUGAGCCCCGAGUUUAUGAUGAUGUUCCUUAUGAAAAGAUGCAGGACGAGGAGCCCGAGCGCCCCACAGGGGCCCAGGUGAAGCGUCACGCCUCCUCCUGCAGUGAGAAGUCCCAUCGGGUGGAUCCGCAGGUCAAAGUCAAACGCCAUGCCUCCAGUGCCAAUCAAUACAAGUAUGGCAAGAACCGAGCAGAGGAGGAUGCCCGGAGGUACUUGGUAGAAAAAGAGAAGCUGGAGAAAGAGAAAGAGACGAUUCGGACAGAGCUGAUAGCACUGAGACAGGAGAAGAGGGAACUGAAAGAAGCCAUUCGGAGCAGCCCAGGAGCAAAAUUAAAGGCUCUGGAAGAAGCCGUGGCCACCCUGGAAGCUCAGUGUCGGUCAAAGGAGGAGCGCCGGAUUGACCUGGAGCUGAAGCUGGUGGCCGUGAAGGAGCGCUUGCAGCAGUCCCUGGCAGGAGGGCCGGCCCUGGGGCUCUCCAUGAGCAGCAAGCCCAAGAGUGGGGAAACUGCAAAUAAACCCAAGAGCAGCGUUCCAGAGCAAUCUCUCCCUGUCAACUGUGUUUCUGAGCUGAGGAAGAGGAGCCCAUCCAUCGUAGCCUCCAACCAAGGAAGGGUGCUACAGAAAGCCAAGGAAUGGGAAAUGAAGAAGACCUAGGAAGAGAAUGAGGAUUUCAUUCCAAAGGAAAUAUCAGCUUGUCCACCUGAGGAAGAAAUGCUUUUUUCACAAGGAGAUACCAAGAGAAGACUAGGAAGUAGCCCUCGUUCUCCAGGGCACCCAAAAGACCAGCCUUUAUUGUCUGCAUGAUUUUAGGGGAUAUGGGGAGGGAAGAAGUAGAAGGGAAGAGGGAAAUGGAGAGCAUUCUUAUGACUUUACAAAGGGUGGAAAUGAGGAUGGAGGGAUUCCCUUCUGAAGAAGAAAUGAAAGCACAUGUGAAUAACCCCUUCCAUCCCAUUCACAGCAUCGCACUCCCAGUCCUUAAGGCAAAGGGAGGCAGUGCUGAAGCAUUGGUGGUGCAGUGUAGAGAGACAAGACCUGAUAAUCUGAUCACACUUGUUCCAACUUGAUUCAUAUUGGGCAUUACUGACAACCACUGGGCAAGACAAACAGGUUGAACAAUCAAUAACAUUAUCCCUGCCUGCAUACAUGUGAACAAAAGCUGUAGAGGACAUGCAAAUUCUACAGUCAUUCCUCAUUUGCUUUAGACAGAGUGCAGCUACUGGAAUCUUCCAGAUUUGAGUGUUUUAAAAUCAGAGCUCUGAAUACACAAAAGGAAAGAGAAAUGGAGCAGCUGACAUAUUUUAAGCUCACAGUGAUACUCAGUGACAGGAGCACAGAGCUCUAAUGUCCACAAGAUGUUGUAAGGUAGGGUCUUUCAGUAAAUCAAGUCCCUUACCUAUGUUCUAUGACACUGAGGUUCUUGGAGCUAUGGGUUAGAAAUCCAGGAGGCAAUAUGUCAUUAAUCUAAUGAAGUCCUCAUCUUGCACUCAGAGGCCCACUAGUCUGCCCUUCUAUAUAUUAAGUAAAACCAAGAGAAAAUAAGAGGAUGAUGGCUUCUUUCUGUCACCUCGGUGCUAAACCUUUUACACACACUUGAUACUUUCAUAGAGGGACCAAGGACCUCAAGUCCUGGGCAGUCUCCCUACUGUGCUACUCACUACUGUCUCAACACUGUAGGUACUUUAUGGGUCUGUAUUUAACACAUUUCCUUCCAAUAAAGAUAAAACCACUUAACUCUUAAGAGCCAGUGCUUAGCUCAAGAGGAAAGAAGGAAAAUCUCAGAAUAACCAUGGCCACUUUGCUAUAGGGUUUACAUAUUUUAACCCACCUAAGGUUUUACAGACUUUAGCCUCACUCAAAUUUUAUCACCCUCUGAGGUAGCUGGAGACCACAGCAGGAAAAAUAAUCUGACCAGUAAUCACCCACUGAUUAGUGGCACAGCAUAGGACUUAGAGGUUAUAAGCCCAGAUCCAGAUAGGGCUAGGUUUGAGCCCUGCCUCUGAUGACCAGCUGGGUGACCUUGGGAAAGUCACUUGACCACUCUGAUUCUUGUUUUCUUAUCUGUGAAAUGGGGCUAACAAUUGUUACUUUUCUCCCAAGAUUGUUGGGAAGAUUUAAUAAGAUAAUACAUAGUAGGCAUCUUGCAUAGUGUCUGAGAAAUAGGAAAUGCUCAGUCAAUAGUGGCUUUCACUAGCCAGGCAUGGUGGUACUCGCCUAUAGUCCCAGCUACUCAGGAGGCUGAGGCAGGAGGACCACUUGAGCCCAGGAGUUUGAGACUAGUGCACUAUGAUCAUGCCUCAUGCCUGUGAAUCACCACUGCACUCCAGCCUAAGCAAAUAGCAAGACCCCAUCUAUUUAAAAAAAAAAAAAAAAAGUGGCUCUUAUUAUUAGCUAUAU